GGGGCACUGCCUUCAGAGUUCGAGGUGGCUGCUGCUCAGAGGACACCACGCUCAAAACCGGGGAGCUGCUCAAGGACUCUGGCUGGGCACCCAUGGGAGCCCCACCGUUAUAUUCCUUGGCUCUUUGCUCAGCUGGUCCCCCACCAGCCUGCCUGGCACAAGGCUGGGCUGCAGCAAACGAUGCCUUUGGACUUCAGCAGAGACUGACAACCACCGCAGAAUUCCGCAGCAAAUGCAUGGCGGCUGAGGGCUCCUCUCUUUGCACAUGACACUCAACAGAGCCUAGUUCUAAGUGAAUCUGGCCAGAACUAAUUCAAAGGCAUUUCGCUGUCACAAAGCAUUCUAGGAACAUUCGUUAUUUGCCGUAGGCAUAAGUCCAGGUGAACAGAUCCCAGUCAUUAGGAUUAAGCAUGGCCUUCAUGUAACACCUUUCCACUCAUUUGGAUUGAGUCCUCAUGGAAUUAAUUCAACAGAACAGCAACAACCGUGAUGCCUCCCCACCCUCCACUGCCCUCUCCAUCAGCACCCGGGGACAGGAUUGUCCCACUGCAGCGCCUUCUCCAGCCUCCUUACCUUGGUAUUCCAGCUUGAAGCCUGGCUUGUUCUGAGAGUGGUCGCUGUGGAAGUACACAGUGGUUUCAUGAGACGUCGACAGGAGGGAGCCUGGGAUUUUGGUGCCGUUGAACUGCCCGAUGACGUUACUGGUGUCAUAUGGCCCAUUGCGGAUUUCAACAAAGUCAUGGUUCGGCUCAGUGGGGAAGUUUAGGAACUGGAUGUGAGCAUCUGGAGAGGAGGAAUGAACAGUGCCUCUAAAGCUACACUCGAGCCUCAGCACAUCAGCACUGCUCGCCCAGUGAUGCCCAGUAUACCCCGGGCAUCAGCAGUACAUUUACCCUGCUGGAGGUAGAGGGUGCCUGUAGUUUCAGACAAGCUCAGGCUAUUAACGCCUGUAGUUUCACGCUGCUAGAGCUCCUGUGCACAUGCCUCCCUCUGCCUGACACCCAAGGAACUAGGAAGGCAGGCACAGAGCGACAGGAAUCACCCCUUGCCAAAGCGAGCGUGGCCGGCUCAGAUGGCAGGACGGGCUGAGCACCCUGGGUGGGCUGUUUCCCCAGCAGCACACGGCAGCUACAGCCGGAGGAGGAGAGUUAAUUCAGGAAACCAGGAGACUCAGCAUUUCUUCCAGACAUGCAACACUUCCACCUCCUGGCAAUCAGGCACCCUGAUGGGGCUGGCCUAGAGAAGAGCUGAGCUGGAGGCAGGCAAAUUUCUCUCUUUACCAAGGGCUGGGGAGAGCCUAAUUCUGAAUGUGCUGAUGCCUGCACAAACUCCAGCUGAGGCAGGACAUAAUCUGACACAAGCUCUGGUCACCUGUUACAUUUCUAAAGACUGAUGAACUGGUGACGUUUUACAGCUAUUACAAAUGUGAGUAGUUAAGACGGGGAGUUACACACUAAAAAGAGGGUAUUACAACCGAUUCGUAGGCAUGCCCACAAAUCUGGAUCAACCUGUUACAUUCCAUGGCAUCCUGGCAUCAGCUUCUGAAAAAAUAUCUAUUAUUUCAUAGCACCCUAUAAAUGCAUCUUUAACGGCAAGUGUGAUCAGGAGGUCAAACAACAGUUUCUGUAAGUCAUUGUGGCACUUGGCAUCCAGCACGGACUGAACAGGGACAGGAUCUCCCCACCACAUCUUUUGUGAUAGCAUCAAACCAAACCCAGCUGUCUCACCGAACCCCACCAGCAGCAAUAUCCUCCACGUGCAGUCCAGGUUGCUUUGAUAAUUCCCUGGGAAACCCGGGCUCAGGAGCACUCCUUCCUUCUCUUCUGCUGUUCCUCCAUGCUGGGCUGUAAAAUCAACAGUGAUAAUGGUCAGGAUCACUUAAGGGUCUUCUCUGGAUGAUGGCCAUGGCCGGCCAGCUGCACGGGAAAUAAAGCAAUUAAAAACUAAGAAGAGAGAAAGGAAAGCCUCCUAUGUAACUAGCAUAAAGUUUGCCAGGCACUGCGUGGCCACAUUACUAAUGCAUGUGCCUUUCUCCUGCCCUCUGGAGAUAAAAGCCUGGUCCAGAGAUCCAGUUUGGACAAUCACAGUGGGAGAGACAGAUCUGAGCUGCGAGCGAGGAACCGGCCACUCUGUUCUGUCCACAGCCAUCAUACCAGCGCCUAUCAUCCACACAGCACUUGUUUGAAUUUUUAACCACCUAAAAAAAAAAAAAAUGACUGUGAAGAAACAGACCAAUUCUAUUUUGAUUCCAGUUCCCAUUACUUCUUUUUCUGGUUAACUGAUCUACCUUGACUGCUAUACUUGUCAAUCUCUGGGCAAUUACUGAUAAAUAUAGAACAGAGUGUUUGCACACUGAUUGAAGUAAAUUCCCUAUGAAGAAGCGAGCCACAGAUGACAGCACAAAAUAUGUUUACAAAAGGCAUCGCAUAAAAUCUAAAUACAGAUAGCAUCUUCUCAUGCUUAUCUGGGUGACCACUACCUUGUUACGGUAACACCAGCCAGCCAAAUACACCCAGGCGUUCUCCUAACACGUUCUGACAGUGAAGCCAAGCUAAGGACUAUCCCAAUUGCUAAUGGGAAAAAGGGGGCAAAACCCACCACCAACAACCAACCCCCAGCACGCCCAUUCCUGCUGCCCUUUGACAUGCAACCUUCCUUGAGAUGGGACAAGUCGGGAUGCAGCUGCGGCUUUGGAAGGAACUGGGGAAAAUGGGGGAUCUUUGCUCUCAUGAAGGUGGAAGUGAGCUCCUGGAGCCAGGUGCUGCUGCUCUCCGUGGGGCUGCUGGCUGUCUCGGUGACUGGUUAACAGGUUUCCAGCUGCCUGCUCCUAUUGUGAGUACAGGGGUUGGGCUGUCCUUGUGGCUUGUGAGUGAUUACGCAGUCAGUGCUCAAGGCUUCCAGGCUAACUAUGAAGCUGAUGAUGCUUGUGGAGGGACUUUGUGGGGACAGAGUGGAAUUAUCUCAAGCCCUCAUUUUCCUUUGGAGUACGGCACUAACGCGGACUGCACGUGGACUAUCCUUGCUGAACCUGGAGACACUAUUGCUCUGGUUUUCAUGGAUUUUCAGCUGGAAGAUGGAUACGAUGUUUUAGAAGUUGCUGGAACGGAGGGAUCUUCACCCUGGUGCCCAUGUGCUGCAUCUUUAAUGAUGCCUUUCUUUCAAAUGGAUUUUCACUGGGAGUUGGAUGAACUCUGCAAGCUGUAGCAGCAGUGGACUCCCGUUUGAAUCGGCUGGUGGAGCAGCCCAGGUGAGCUGCGCUGUGUUAAUGAGUGAAACAGGUCACACAAACACAUUGCAGCCGGAAGAAGCUGUUCCUGCAUUUCGAGGUUCAUCCUGCAUUUUUAUAGUCCCGUGAAAUACACAUGGGCGAGAUAAACAUGGCAGUCAAUUCAAAGGGAUCUCAUUUAGUAUUCUUGAGAAGGAAACUUUUCAGUCCCAUAAACAGAAUUACAAAGAGUCUUGUUUUGAAUUGCAUUUUUCAAAGCCAGCCUUCACAACUCAAAGCUUGGUAAUUAAAUUCAGAUGACUCAUUUUUCCCAUUUUUUAAUAAUUUUUGCCCAUAGGGGGAAAAAACUGGAGCUCCUAUCUCCUCUUUAAACAUGUUGAUAUGAUUCAGCUUGAAAAUAUAGC